UACAACAGUUGCAAUCCCUGUGUUAUCUGCAGGUAAAUCAGUUAUACAAAGGCAAAAUUGUAUUCAUGGAAACAGUGAACAAUGUGACGGAAUUCAUCCUGCUUGGCUUGACACCGAACCCAGAUGUGCAGAAACUCUUGUUUGUUGUGUUUACCCUCAUUUACUUUCUCACUGUGGCAGGCAACCUACUCAUUAUAGUGACCAUCACCACCAGCCCAGUCCUGGGCUCCCCCAUGUAUUUUUUUCUGUCUUUCUUAUCCUUUUUAGAUGGCUCCAUACCUUCAACCAUGUCUCCCAAAAUGAUAUUUGACUUACUGGUUGAGAAGAAAACCAUUUCCUUCAGUUGGUGCAUGACUCAGCUCUUUGUAGAGCAUUUUCUUGGUGGAGUCGAGGUCAUUCUGCUCAUGGCGAUGGCCUAUGACCGCUACGUGGCCAUCUGCAGGCCUCUGCACUACAUGAUAACAAUGAACCGGCGGGUGUGUGGCCUUCUGGUGGCUGUGUCCUGGGCUGGAGGAUUUCUUCAUGCUCUAAUUCAAAUCCUUUUUAUACUGUGGUUGCCAUUCUGUGGCCCCAAUGUCAUUGACCACUUCUUCUGUGAUCUUUACCCACUGUUGAAACUCUCCUGCACUGACACACACAUCUUUGGACUGUUUGUUGCUGCCAACAGUAGGUUCAUGUGUAUGCUCAGUUUUUCUAUUCUUGUCACCUCCUAUGUCCUCAUCCUUUGCUCCCUGAGAUCUUACAGUGCUGAAGGACGGCAGAAGGCUCUUUCUACCUGUGCCUCCCAUAUUACUGUGGUGGUAUUAUUCUUUGUGCCCUGCAUAUUUGUAUACCUUCGUCCCACAACCACCUUCCCCAUUGAUAAAGCAGUGGCUAUUUUUUAUACUAUGAUAACACCAAUGUUAAACCCUUUAAUCUACACACUCAGAAAUGCAGAGGUGAAAAAGGCAAUAAGGAAGCUCUUGAGCCAAAAAGGGAUCUUGUGA